AUGGGCUUUGGUGACUGGUUCAAGUCGGCACUGUCUUUUCUUGGGCUCUAUAAGAAGAAGGCCACGAUAGUGUUUGUGGGGCUUGACAACGCCGGGAAGUCUACACUUCUAGCUAUGCUCAAGAACUCUGCCACUACUACAGUGGCCCCUACCCAACAGCCGACAUCACAGGAGCUAGUCAUGGGCUCCAUCAGGUUCAAGACCUUCGAUCUCGGUGGCCACGAGGUAGCAAGACAACUCUGGGAGCAAUAUGUCACCAACAGCGACGGGAUAGUCUUCCUCGUUGACUCCGCAGAUCCAUCGCGAUUUGAAGAGAGCCGACGCACCCUCCAAGAGCUCCUCGACAACCACGACCUGGCGACAACCCCUAUUCUCAUCCUGAGCAACAAGGUUGAUAUCCAGACAGCCGUGUCCAUGGAGACCAUGGUCCAAAGUUUCGGUAUUCAGCAUCUGCUCACCGGAAAGGGCGGAUCCAAGCUUCGCAGUGAUCAGAGGCCUCUUGAAGUCUUUCCUUGCAGCGUAAUAAAUAGGUUUGGCUACACGGACGGUUUUAAGUGGCUCUCCAAGUACCUUUAA